UAGGUAUCUACUUUAUGCAACUCCUACCUCACAUGUAUACUCCAUCAUGCAGGCUCUGAAGCCUCUAUUUAUCGGAAACUGACGCCCAGGUUGUGCUAUAAGGUGGACGUAGGCAGUCCAACAAUUCGUUCCGAAUCGGACGUAUAACUUUCACGUCUCAGUCAUGCCAGCGACAGUACCUGAGGCCGACCUCCUAUCUACAAAGUGGCAAGGCUCGGCUUUUCCUGAUAAUGGUAAUCUUGAUCGUCUGAGACUGUUCAACGAAACGGACUGGCUUUUCGAAAAGAAAGAUGAGAAUAAACUUGAAUUUAUCAAGUUCAGCCAAGGCCUCAAACUUUCACGAGCUCCGAUUUCUGGAGUAACGUCGUCCAUUAAUAUUCCAGAUCUAGCACAGCAUGAGGGUGAGCUAUUCAUCAUUAUCCGUCAAUACAAUACAUGGAGUCGUCUUUCUAUAACCGCAACCGCGUUUGAGACCAUUUUUGAUCUACUAAAACCGCAUUCAUAUUUUGUCGACUUCAUUAGGACAUUUGGGUACCGAGAAGAUGACCAUUGUCGGGUGGUCUCUGGAUACCGCUGGCGCCGUGGUGGGGCAUCAACGGCCGAUGAAUUCUGUUAUAUUGCUAGGUUUUUCCAACAGAAUGGCCGAGCCCAGGGCCGUCCUUGGUCGCUUAGACAUACAGGGAUCUACCAAAAGACAGAACCGGGAGCGCCAACCUCGACUUGGAUGCUGAUACAGCCAUCUCCUCAAAUCGAAGAGCUACUAGAAUUAGCCCAAAAAGAAAUUUCGAAAAAAGAACGACAUCCAGAUACACACUCGCUCUAUUUGCAUGGGUCCAUUCUUUUCACGGCCUCCCGAACGUGGCUAGAUUAUAUUGAUUAUAUCCAAUCUACGUGCGAAGAACUGCAAAACAAGGCCUAUCACUCGAAAGUAGGAAUAGAGUCCAAAGUAGAUUUCUCAGUGAGCUUCUCCGACUGUCAGCGCUUAGAGCGCUACCGCCAGGAUAUCAUAACAGCUAAGGGGGUAUUGGGUUCCAAUAUUAGCAUAGCGCGUGGAUGUCAAAACCGUUGUAGACACGUUGCUGUACAAUCCAACAUAUCUUUGGAACUUACACCUUUGCGUGAAUUGGAGGCUCUCGAGGAGGAGCUUGUUGGCUAUGAGCGGACCCUAGAAGCAAUUCUUCAGCGUUCAGAAGGGGCACUUCGACUUCUUGGGAAAAUUCUGGAUUUCCGUCACGAUGAAACCAUGCGCAUUCAAACACACCUGUUGACUCAGUUGUCUGGAGAACAGGCGAGCUCAAACGACCAGAUUGCCCAAGUACUAAAGCAAUCUGCAAAGGAUUCUAGGCUACUCAAGGCUUUGACUAUUAUGACAACCCUUUACCUGCCUACGAGUAUUGUGCUGGCUUUCUUUGGCUCCAAUCUUGUCCAGACUCGAGAGACAGACACCCCAGGCAAAGCUCUUAGUAUAGUGCUUGUACAAGAAGCUUGGUUAGCUAUAGCGAUCCCAGCACCGCUCACGAUAGCAACUAUAGGCCUAAUUUUUUGGAUGGGUGGGUUACCGCAUUUCAAAGCAAAAUGGUUAUGGUCCUAGACUAAGGACGCAUAAACCAUGAGUGAGGAUGUUAUAUUAUAAAAGGCACCUACCUGGUAGUCAAAUUGAAUAGGUCCAAGGGAAUGGUUUUUGACAUGACUAUAAUCUUUCCUAGAUGCCUAGGUAGUUUAAGUCUUCUUAAUCUGGCAUGAGGAUUCCUUAUUUAUGAUACGUACCAUAUUAAUAAUAUAUUGAAUCCGUAUUCCAAUCAAUAUAAUGUGUACCUAGCUAAAGAGACGUAAAAAGGGGGUUAAGGUGGCUUGCACGCCAGUCAGCAGCUGUUAGAAAUAUUAACGGCCC